AUGGGCGGCGCCCGCAACGUGUUCGACAAAAUCCCGAGAGGAGCAUCGUGCGUGACGGCCGUGAUCUCGGGGUAUGCACAGAUGGGUUCGCACGUGAGGCUCUGGAGCUGUAUUCUGCCCAAUGAAUUUACUUUGGCCACCAUUCUCACAUCCUGUUCUGGGGCAUGCAAGCUCGACCUCGGCAGGCAAGUCCACUCUAUCGCCAUCAAAACUAAUUUCGAAUCCCACAUAUUCGUUGGGAGCUCUCUCCUUGACAUGUACGCCAAAUCCAACAAUAUCCUUGAGGCUAGAAAAGUCUUCGACUUUUUGCCAGAAAGGGAUGUUGUUUCUUGUACCGCUAUUUUAUCCGGAUAUGCCCAAUUGGGCCUUGAUGAAGAAGCCUUACAGUUAUUUAUUGAGUUAUAUAAAGAGGGGAUGCACUGUAACUAUGUUACUUUCACCAGUCUUCUGACUGCACUUUCUGGGCUUUCUGCUUUGGACUACGGGAAGCAAGUCCACAGCUUUACAUACCGACACGAAUUGCCAUUUUACGUUGUUCUAGAGAAUUCUUUGAUUGAUAUGUACUCCAAAUGCGGGAGCCUCACUUACGCGAGGAGAGUAUUCAAUAAGAUGCCGGAGAGAUCUUCGGUUAGUUGGAAUACCAUGAUUGUAGGAUAUGGAUGCAGUCACGGUGGAUUAGUCGAUGAGGGUUUGAGCAUAUUUGAUUAUAUGAUUAAAGAAAAAGGAUUGAAACCGGAAAUUGGGCAUUAUGGGUGUGUUGUUGAUCUUCUUGGGCGGGCUGGAAGAAUAGAAAAAGCCUUAGAUUUUAUCAAAAAUAUGCCGUUUGAACCGACAGCAGCUAUGUGGGGCUCGUUACUGGGCGCAUGUAGAGUUCACAUAAACAUUCCUGCAGGAGAGUUUGUCGCUAAAAGGCUUCUGGACAUCGAGCCAGAAAAUGCCGGCAAUUAUGUGAUCCUUUCUAAUAUCUAUGCUUCUGCUUCAAGGUGGCAAGAUGUAGUAGAUGUCCGGAAGCUUAUGAUGGAGAAGGCAGUAAUAAAAGAACCAGGAAGAAGCUGGAUAAACCUAGAUAAAGUUAUUCACACCUUUUAUUCCAGCGAUCGAUUCCAUCCCAAGAAGGGAGAAAUUGAAGCUAAGAUUAAGGAAAUAUAUGCGAAGAUCAAAGAAGCAGGUUUUGUUCCUGACCUGAGCUGUGUAUUGCAUGAUGUGGAUGACGAGCAGAAAGAGAGAAUGCUUCUCGGUCAUAGUGAGAAGUUGGCGAUAACAUUCGGGUUAAUGGGUACUCCUCGAAGUUUUAUGCUUCGGAUCACAAAGAACCUUCGUGUUUGUGUCGAUUGCCAUAACUUUGCAAAAUUUGUCUCCAUGGUGUACGAAAGGGAAAUUUCUUUAAGGGAUAGCAACCGCUUCCAUCUUUUCGUAAAAGGGGCUUGUUCUUGUGGAGAUUACUGGUGAAUGAGCUAAGGGCCUGCUUUCUCCAGCUGGAGCUUCUACAAAGUACUGUCAUUCAAAGUUGCCCCAACAGCUUCCUGCAAAAGCCUUUCACAUCAGAGCUGCUGGUUUCGGAGCCAAGAGGUUUAUUCAGCAUCCUAUCAUGUCAAAAUCUUUCAUAUUUUUUGUAGUUGAGAAGUUGCUUUGCAUAUCAUCAGGUGGAAUCAGUAGCAAGUCUCCUAGAUGCAACGUUGAAAUGAAGAGCAUCAUAAUGAGUUGCGAGAGUUUGCAUUUCUUGGCGUAAAGGCUAAUGAAAAGGUAAAACAUAUAAUUGUGGGGAGAAUAUUUUUAGUUAUGAGCGUAUACAAUAGGAAGGACAGAAUAAUUUCUUCAGUGAACGAAAAUUGCUGUUAUGUUAGGAUGAAAACCAAGUGAUUAUAAAGCAAGCGGUCUCCACAAUUUUUGCUGGAACUAAUCGGACAAAGAAGACUGCGAAAGCUGCAUCCAUAUCGAUAGAUUUGAGCUAUCAGUGGCCAUCAUUAUUUCGUUCACACUGUUACUGAAAAUGGUACAAUUUCAUCCAUGAAGCAAGUUGUGGGCCAAUUUUACAUGGAAAGAGAUUUCACAAUCCAGCCAUUUCAUUUUCUUCAGGAGUUAAUGAUCCCGAAAAUAUACUUCUUGGCAAGUUCUGCAGAGUGCAGGUUAGGAUCCAUUUUCAGAAAUCUGCGGAGUACACUGAUUCAAGAAAUGUUUUCAGAGGUAAAGAAUGUUCCAAGAAGAAAUACUUAGUACCCCCUUAGUAUGGCUUCUGAAACAGCUUUUCUACUCAAUAAAGCAGAAGAAUCCGGAUGUUUUGACACAAAGAAGGCCGAGAGCUUCUUGCUGCUGGCCUGCGGCAGCAAAGCAAGAUGACUUCUGGGUGACAAAAGCAGAAGUUCCAGUUCCAGCUUCUUUUUCUUGCUGGAAUAAGAAACUUGAAGACAUUUUACUCAAGAAAAGCUUCUCAUAUUUCUUUGAACAUCUCUAUUCUACCUCGUUCUUACUUAUACCUGAACUUAUACUUAUCGCUGGAAUAGAGAGUUCUUAUACUCGAACGAAACGCAGCCCUAGAGUUCAGUGGGUGAUUGGUUGAAUAACAUGAUGUAAAAAGUGAAAAAGUGAAAAAGAUCAAAGGGAUAGGUCUAAUAGUGGAAAAUAUGAUAGCGCUUGGUGCUCUUAGAAAAACUUCAGUCAUACUAUCAUUAUAUAUUAGCAGCUUAUAUGAUAUUUUUUAGAUUACAUGUAUUAGCUAAUCAAAUAAUUUUGUAUUAUAAGUGGUAAUACAUCAGUAAUGUAUAAAAGAUAACA